AUGUCCUUAGAAAACCAUUUAUUAAUUGUAUUAAUGAAGUUAAGACUUGGACAUAAAAAUAAAGAUUUAGCUUUGAGAUUUAACAUUAGUGAAGGAGUCAUAUCAAAAAUAUUUUGCUUAUGGAUAAAACAAUUAGCCAAUGUAUUGUGCAAUUUAAUUGUGUGGCCUGAACGAGCUGCUAUAAGAGCAAACUUGCCAUGUUGUUUUACAAACUUUAAAAAUUGUGUAUGUAUAAUAGACUGCACUGAAAUAUUUAUAGAAAGGCCACAUAACUUAACAGCUAGGGCUCAAACCUACUCUACCUAUAAAUCACGUAAAACCAUUAAAUACUUAAUUGGAAUAACACCAGCUGGUGCUGUAAGUUUUUUAUCAUCUGGAUGGGGUGGUCGAGCAUCAGACAAACUGAUCACAAUUGAGUCAGGUUUUUUAGAUAAAGUUUGUUACGGAGAUUGUAUUUUAGCUGAUAGAGGAUUUUUAGAGGAAGAAGAAUUAGCAACAAGAGGAGCUGUUUUAAUAAUACCAGCAUUUACAAAAAGUAAAAGUCAAAUGGCUGUAAAAGACAUUGAUUUAUCACGUCAAAUUGCUCGUGUGAGAAUCCAUAUAGAAAGAGUUAUUGGGCGUUUAAAAAAAUACCAACUAUUAACAUCAACUAUACCUCUGGACUUAUAA